AGUUCUAAUGUGACUAUUCAAGUUUGGACACACUUUUUCAUUUAUGUUUCUUAUUUAUUUUUUUCAUAUUUACACUGUGUAGUGAAGUGUAGUAUGAAAUGGUUUAAACUAGUUUUAUAAAUUUGAGAUUCUUCAAAAUAACCACCCUAUAAAAAGAAAAAAGUAUGACUACAUUCCCUGCUCUCUCAAUCCAUGUAGUCAUUGUGGUCAUGUUAUGUUGGUAUCCAUAUGAAAUUGAGACGAUUUGAGACCAAGACCUGUCCAAGACCACAGGGUCCCAAGACCAGGACAAGACCAAGACCUCUGAGAAUUCUGAGACAAGACCAAGACCACACACACACACACACACACCCACCCACCUACACACAUACACACACACACACACACACACACACACACACACACACACACACACACACACACACACACACACACACACACACACAUAUAUAUAUAAAAUAUACUGCACAAAAUGUACUGCACUGAAUGCUGCUCUUUUUUGGACCCUCACCCACAGUUUGAGAACCCCUUCUUUAAGAGAACUUCCACUGGCACUUUACAGAAAAAUUUGAAAAAAGUGAUGAAAGUGUGUAGGGUUUUUUCAAGUUCCUAACUGGAGUUACAUUCUCUUACUGGUUUUGCAGUGGGAUUUAACAGCCUCUGCACAUUUACCAAAUGCACGCCAUGACAAAUACAGAUGCAUUUGUGCACUUCUAUUAGGCAAACUUCAACCACAUGUAGCUUUGUGCCAACAAUGUAACAUAAAUUUAGAUUAGUUUUUGCUUCGCAUUUCAUCUUGCUCUUCUAAUCAGCGCAUUGAGGGCGGAGCCUGUGUGCGUGUGUGUACUCAGGGAGGAGUGAGAGUGUGAAAAGGCGAGGAGUGGUGCGCUGACGGGAGCCAAGUGGACAGGAUUACUUCACCGAGGCAUACACCCUCUGAACUGCUUGUCAGGGGACCAAUAAUUUUGGGAACUUGUUCAAGAUUAGCACCACCUGCUGUCCAGUGCUAAUCAUUGAAGAACCUGACCCGAUCACCAAAGGAACAGAAUCCAGAGAACAAGCCAUGUCUGUGCUACGUGACCUGAGAUGGGAGAUCCAGCAAGAACUUCACCAGCUGACCUGUGCCCACAGCAGAGACCUUCUCUACAAGCUGGCAGAGUCAUUGAAAGAUGAGGUGGAAGAACAAGUGCCAGGUGAAGAAUCGACCGAAGUGGAACUCUUCGACGUUCAUUGUUGACUUUCUGAGAAGUCCACGACUGAAGGACCAUGAGGACCAGGGAAUGUUCCGCCUGCUCGCUUUCCGUGACCUCAUCAGAGAACUACGAUCACCACCACCAGCCGUGGAAGAGGGUGCUGUGGGAGAGGGCGUUGUAAAAGAGAGUGCUGUGGGAGAGCGUGCUGUCAUUGUAGCUCCUGUGACCAGUGAGGAGCCUGCACCUUCAGACGUCACCAUUAAGUUGACAUCACCAUCAGUAGUCACUGAUAAUGGAUCAGUGACAGGGAUCAUCAUGGCUGAGCAGUGCAAAGAAGAAGUUCAAACAGCUCUACAAAACAAUGACCUGGCUCUUGCAGCUAAAAAGGCUCUGGAAUAUUUGGACUGCAUAUACAGUGCUCCUCUGAACAUUGCAAUCACUGGAGAGUCUGGAGCAGGUAAAUCUUCUCUGGUGAAUGCUCUUAGAGGAAUAAAAAACAAAACACCUGAAUCAGCACCAACAGGCGUAAAGGAGACCACAAUGGAGCCCACAGUAUACCCCCACCCACAAAAUCCCAAUGUUAAAAUAUGGGAUCUGCCCGGGAUUGGUACCACCAAGUUUACAGCUGACAAAUACCUGCAGCAUGUGGGGUUUGAGAAGUACGACUUCUUCAUCAUCGUUUCCAGUGAUCGCUUCAAAGAAAACGAUGCAAAACUGGCUCAAGAAAUUCAGAAAAUGAAUAAAAAUUUCUACUUUGUUCGAUCCAAGAUAGAUCAUAACAUAAGAGAUGAGAAGAGAGAUGACCCAAACCUAAAUGAGGAGGAUCUCCUUAAAACCAUCAGAGAUGACUGCACUGAAGGACUUCAGAAACUUGGCAUUCAGUGUCCAAAAGUCUUCCUGGUGUGUGGUCUCAGACUUCACUUGUAUGAAUUCAGUCUGCUGUGGAAAACCUUAGAGAAAGAACUUCCUCAACACCAACGAGAUGCGCUGCUCCUUGCUCUUCCAAACAUCAGUCAGUAGGUCAUAGAGCAGAAGAAAAAGCUUAUAGAAAGCAGAAUAAAAUGGCUCACUUUA